AGUUAUUUGUCCAUACCUAUCAGAUAAGAACAUUUAUACUUGAAGUACAUGUAAACUAAUUGUAUGCUUUGUUACAGGAAUGGAGACGCGUCUUGUGGCUGCUUUUGUUUGUUGUAUAAUAGCAUACGUGUAUUACAAAUCUACACAAAAACUGGACAACACUACAGAAUUUCCGUCAAAACUGAAUACUUCCUAUGACUAUAUUAUUGUGGGAGCUGGUUCCUCGGGCUCGGUGUUAGCUUCCCGUCUGACAGAGGAUCCUGGAAAUGAUGUGGUACUUCUGGAAGCUGGUGGGUCUGACGAGACCAAUCCUAACAUUUACAUACCAGGGGCAGUGGGCAGCCUGACAAACACUGAGGAUGACUGGAGUUAUUACACAGUACCACAGAAGCAUGCAUGUCUGGCCAUGAAAGAACAGAGGAGUUUUUGGCCCCGAGGGAGAGUUUUAGGUGGAAGCAGUUCUUUGAACUGGAUGGCGUAUGUAAGAGGUAACCGCCAUGAUUACGACAGUUGGGCCAAGGAAGGCUGUGAUGGUUGGAGUUACAAGGACGUCCUUCCUUACUUUAUCAAAUCAGAGGACAUACUGAUUGACGAGUUCAAAAAAUCAGAAUACCACGGAAAGGGAGGCCCUCUACCAGUCACUAGGCCACAUAUCACUCCGAUGGAGGAAGUUUACCUUGACGCUGGCAAAGAUCUAGGUUAUAACACAAUCGAUUGCAAUGGCGAGGAUCAAAUCGGCUUUUGCAGGAUACAGUCUACAAUAAAACAGGGAGAGAGAUGGAGUGCUUAUAGGUCAUUUGUUAAACCCCACUUAGAUCGGCCAAAUCUCCAUGUCAUCCCCAACACCUUCACCACAAAGGUAAUCAUCAAAGACAAGAAGGCUAUAGGUGUAGAGUGUAUCAGGAAUGGAAGAAAGGUGAAAAUAUUUGCCAGGAAGGAAGUGAUUGUGUCUGCUGGUGCCGUCAACUCCCCACAGUUACUGAUGCUGUCCGGUAUAGGUCCGAAGGAACACCUUCAGGAAUUAGGGAUUCCUGUACUGGCCAACCUUCCCGUGGGAGAAAACCUACAGGACCACAUAAUGAUAACUUUGUUGUACAAUUUGAAUGUAACUUGGCCCCUAACCUUCGACGAUUUGACUUCCAUGCGAACAGCAAAGCAGUAUGAGUACCUUCGCACAGGUCCAUUGUCCGCCCCUGCACUCGAGGCUCUAGCCUUUGUGUAUAAAGAUUUUAAUAAAAAGAUGGAUUCUGGAGAAAAUUCUGAUAUUCAAUUGAUGACAUACAGUGUUCAUAGCAUCACCCCAUCAUUGAGGGAAGCCUUGCAUUUCAACUACAAAGAAAGCGUUAAAGACAAGCUUUUCACAGGGACUGAUGAUGUUAAAACGGUGUUUUUAAUUCCGACACUUAUUCACCCUAAAAGUACCGGAACUAUCCGACUGAGAAGCACGGAUCCGUUCGAGUUUCCCGAUAUUGACCCACAUUACCUAGAACACCCGGAUGAUGUAAAGACGGCCAUUGCAGGAAUAAGAUUUACUGAGAAAUUGGUUGGUACAGACACGAUGAAAUCCAUUGGCAUGGAUGUCAACUCCGUAUCUCCUUACUAUCAACUGUGUUCUGAGCACGAAUUUCGGUCGGACAAGUUCUGGGAGUGUUAUGUGAGACAUUUUACACUGACGGUGUACCAUCCAACAACGACGUGUAGAAUGGGCAGUAAAGACGACCCGUCGGCAGUGGUCGAUCCUCAGCUAAGGGUUAAAGGAAUAUCCGGUCUACGCGUUGCCGACGCUUCAGUGAUGAGAAAUGUACCUGCAGGGAACACAAACGCCCCAGUGAUCAUGAUCGGUGAGAAAGCCGCAGAUCUGAUACGCAAUGGCUGAAUUAUUAGCAAGUCGACAAAACAUCUCAAUGCCUUUCCAAUAAUAUUACAAUUAACGCAUCUACAUGCGUUCGUGUACAUACUUUUAUUUUAUAUUAUAUAAUAUUUUUUCGGAGGUCGGUUCGCAAACAGAAGAACCAUUAGGUACAGUGAAGAAAAAUGUGGUGCAGAUUGAAGACAUUCGAAAAAAAAUGAUACUCAGCUAAAUAUUUUAUUUGUGAAACUGAACAAAAUAAUAAAGUUAAGAAUAAAUACUU